AUUUUUAAGACAAAUUAAAAAAGAAAACUAAGAGUAGAUAAAAAAGGAAAGAGCGAAAGAAGGAGGAUGGUGCACUUAAAACUAAUGCUGAUAGUUGUCGUUGCGGUCCAUUUUUGGGAAAGCGCUGAUGCGAAAUUUGGCGAAAAAGGAGAAAACGGUCCCAGAAGGAGGAGAUGUCUGGACGGCAGCACGCCGAGACGACUGAAGAAGAGAGAGAAGAAGCUGACUCUGGAUAUCAGCGGCUCCGAAACGUGUCACGAUUUGUACCCAAGGAUGUCCUGUUGUCACCCCCGCAGAAGCGUCCAUCAGAAUCCGCACCUCCGGAGCGCACGGAUAUUUUCAGUUUCCAACAACACAGAAUGUGCAAAGCUGCUAGAGGAGAUCAAGUGUUCCCGCUGCUCGCCACAUGCCCAGGGCUUGUUUCAUUCUGCUGAUCAGGAGGACUCGUCUGACCGGGAGCCCGUGCUGCCCCUGCUGUGCCAGGAUUACUGCUCUGAGUUCUACUACACUUGCCGGAGUCACAUACCAGAAUUAUUUCAGGCCGAUGUGGACGAGUUCUGCCUGUAUUAUGGAAGAAGAGACGGCGGCUUGUGCUUUCCAGAUUUUCCCAGAAAACAAGUGCGGGGGCCAGCGUCUAACUAUUUAGACCAGAUGGAAGAUUAUGAAAAAGCAGAGGAGAUGAACAGGAAGCACAAGCAGAAUUGCUACUGCGCACAGGAAAUCCUACGAGGCCUGAGGCAACCUGUCGGGAUCGUGAACUGCGGGGACGGAUCACAGCGGCUCUUCAUCCUAGAGAAAGAGGGUCUCGUGAAAAUUUUAACUCCCAGAAUGGAGUUGAUCAAGGAACCUUUCCUGGACAUCCACAAGAUCGUUCAAAGUGGCCUCAAGGGAGGAGAUGAAAGAGGACUUUUAAGCCUUGCAUUCCAUCCCAAUUAUAAGAAAAAUGGAAAGCUCUACGUCUCCUAUACCACCAACCAAGAGAGGUGGGCCAUGGGACCGCACGACCACAUUCUUAGAGUUGUGGAAUACACGGUGUCCAGAAAAAAUGUCAACCAGGUGGAUCAAAGAACGAUGAGAGUGCUGCUGGAGGUAGCGGAGCUGCACAGAAAGCACCUGGGUGGACAGCUGCUCUUUGGCCCGGAUGGCUUCCUGCAUAUUUUCCUUGGUGAUGGGAUGAUCACUCUUGAUGACAUGGAAGAGAUGGACGGAUUAAGUGAUUUUACAGGGUCUGUCCUGCGCGUAGACGUUGACACAGAAUGCUGCAGUGCGCCAUAUUCUAUCCCACGGAGUAACCCCUACUUCAACAGCACCAAUCAGCCCCCUGAAAUAUUUGCACAUGGACUUCACAAUCCAGGCAGGUGUGUGGUCGAUCAGCAUCAAGUGGACUCCAACACCAGUCUUGUCAUACUUUGCUUGGACUUGAGCAGCAAAAACUCAACGUCUGGGAGGAUCCUGCAGAUAUCCAAGGGCAAAGACUACGAACAUGAGCCUUCCCUCUAUGAACUUAAAUCAAGCAGCGGUGCUUUAUUGGUUGGGGGAUUUCUAUACAGGGGCUGCCAGUCAAGAAGACUUCAUGGAACCUACGUGUUUGGAGACCGCGGCGGCCAUUUCCGAGCCCUGCACAAGUCAUCGUCUGGAAAGCACUUUCAAGAAAAGACUCUGUGCUUUGGGAGCAGUGGGUCAUGUAGGAGUUCACUCACUGGCCACAUGCUGGGAUUUGGAGAAGAUGAAUUAGGUGAAGUGUACAUUUUGGCCAGCAGUAAAAGCAUGACGCAGUCUCACAGCGGGAAGCUCUACAAACUGGUCGACCCCAAGAGGCCCUCAGUCCCUGAGGAAUGCAGGCGGAAAGUUCAGCCUCCUGAACCCUUGAUUACUGAAUGCUCACGGCUUUGCAAGAACGGACAUUGUACCCCCACUGGCAAGUGCUGCUGUUUUCAAGGCUGGGAAGGAGAUUUCUGCAGAAUCGCAAAAUGUGAUCCAGCGUGUCGGCAUGGCGGAGUCUGCGUGAAACCCAGCAAGUGCUUCUGCAAGAAGGGCUACGCGGGGAGCCAAUGUGAACAAGUCGACCGAGAUGUCCACAGGGACUCCAGAGAAGGUUUCCUCGAUCAGAUCAUCGACAUGACGUCGUACCUGCUGGACCUCACCAGCUAUGUCGUAUAGACACAAGUGGCGCACUGGGCUUUUUUUCCCUCUUUUUUUCUCAUAGGAAUAAGCUGAAGUUUCAUGUUUGUUUCCCACCCCCCCAACAUACACACACACACACACUUUCACUCAUUGGAGGGACAGCAACCUGGUCAGCAGGACUUUGGUCGACGGUUUCUAAAGUGCACAGAUUCAAUGGCGGAAUGCGUUUUAGAAAGUGCAUGAACUCCUGGACUUGGAAAUCCUCAAACCGUACGUCAAAAGCAGCUUUCCCUAACGUGUGCUCCGACACCCCUCUGGUUGAAGAUCGGGGGGUUUCAGGCUUUCAUUGAGGUGUUUUUACCUCACAUUCAGCCUAAAGCCACAAUUCUGUGCACAUGCGGGACUCUUUCAGGAGCAAAUACAGUUGUGUUGGAAAACGUGCAGCUUUCCAAUAUCGGACCUUUCUUUCUUUUUUUUUCUGGAAUGUACAAAAGGGUUUAACGCCCCACAGUGGGACAUUCAAUCUUUUUAUUUUUUUUAAUUUAGACACAUACCUUUAGCUUUGUGCACCUACUGAGACAGGAAAUGAAAAAGAAAAAAAAAGGAAAAUCUACCGGGGGGGGGCCCGGUUUUGGGCUUGCGGGACGUCCGACAAAGCGUUAGAAAUGAAGACGGUGGGACUUUGCUCAUUAGACUGACAGGAUGGCUCUUUGGCACACCGCUUUCCGCUGCUGGAGGUGGAUGAGCUGCUCCAAAAGAAUUUAGAAAGAAAAAAAAUAAUAUGGCUGGCCUUUGAAAGCGAGAGGCUCCAUAAAUUUACUCCUGACGGGACAUAAGCAGAUACUUAGAAGUGUUAGAUGGCUACCCCUGCAAAGAAUAACACGGAAAACACGGCUUUAAAGUAGUGUGACUGGUGCAGUGGCGGCAGGUGGGAUUGGCACAAUAUUAAUAAGACGUAUUGUGAUUAUUAUAAUGAUGAGUACCCCUGAAAUCAUCACUUGAUGUACAAAAGUAAAAAUGUUUUAAUUGUGGCGCAACACAAUACCCAUAACAUAUAAUACAUAUAUGUAUAUAUACGUAUAUAUGUAUACAAACACAUAUAUAAGCGCUAUAUAAAUGUAAUGAAUCAUUAUUAUUAUUACUAUAUAUAUAUAUAUAUAUAUAGAGAGAGAGAGAGGACAUGCAGGUGAUGGGUGUAACAGAGUAAGAUGCAGAGGACAGAAAGAUAUGGAAGAAGAUGAUCCGCUGUGGCAACUCCUAACAGGAGCAGCCGAAAGAAGAAGAAGAUAUAUAUAUAUAUAUAUAUAUAUAUAUAUAUAUAUCCAUUAUCUAACCCACUAUAUCCUAACUACAGGGUCACAGGGGUCUGCUGAAGCCAAUCCCAGCCAACACAGGGCGCAAGACAGGAAACAAACCCCGGAGCAGGGCACCAGCCCACCACAGUAUAAUAUAUAUAUAUAUAUGGAAGAGAAGGUCUGUGAUACAGUUUGCAUAUUUGCAACUGGAGAUCCACAGAGGGAGAAACUGAAUCACAUAUCAUAUCUUGGGAUUAAUAAAAUAUCUUAUCUAUCUAUCUCUAUCUAAAGUAGUUUUUAUUCCUGAGCUUUCAGCCCAGGAAUUACAAGAAUCAAAGUCUAAGCAUUAUCCUCUGAUGAAGGCCCCCUGGUAGGGGCUGAAAGCUCAGGAAUAAAAACUACUUUAUGAUACGUGAUUCAUUUUCUCCCUUUGUGGAUCUCC